GAAAGCCCCACAGCACUGGCGGCUCCGAACGGAUUCAGCUCUCAGGAAUGUACAAUGUUCGAAAAGGGAAAAUACAUUUGCCAGUCAACAGAUGGACAAGACGCCAAGCUAUCCUUUGUGGAACAUGCCUAAUUGUCUCAUCAGUAAAAGAAAGCCAGACUGGAAAGAUGCAUGUCCUCCCUUUAAUUGGUGGAAAAGUAGAAGAAGUGAAAAAGCACCAGCACUGUUUAGCAUUUAGCUCCUCUGGACCUCAAAGCCAGACCUACUACAUUUGUUUUGAUAACUUCACUGAAUAUUUGCGAUGGCUUCGACAAGCUUCAAAGGUUGCAUCACAGCGCAUAAGCUCAGUAGAUCUUUCAUGCUGCAGCCUGGAGCACCUGCCUGCCAACCUGUUUUAUAGCCAAGACCUCACUCAUCUCAAUUUAAAGCAGAACUUCCUGAGGCUAAACCCUAGCCCAUCCACAAGUAGAGCGCUUAGUGAAUUACAAAGAUUCACCAAGUUGAAGAGCCUUAACCUUUCCAAUAAUAAUUUAGGAGACUUCCCACUGGCAGUCUGCAGUAUCCCAACCCUGACUGAACUCAACGUGUCCUGCAAUGCCCUCAGAAGUGUUCCAGCAGUUGUAGGCGAGAUGCACAACUUGCAGACAUUUUUGCUGGAUGGCAACUUUCUCCAGUCCCUUCCUGACGAAUUGGAGCAUAUGCAUCAACUCAGCUACGUGAGUCUGUCCUUCAACGAGUUCACCAACAUUCCAGGGGUGCUGGAGAAGCUGACUGCUAUGGAUAAGCUCUGUAUGUCAGGAAACUGCAUGGAUACCCUGAACCUACAGGUGUUAAAAAGGAUGCCUCAUGUUAAACAUAUAGAUCUAAGAUUGAAUUCAAUUAGGAGAUUGGAGUCCAAUGAAACAGAUUUUCUGCAUCACGUGACCCAGUUGGAUCUCAGAGACAACAAACUUGGGGAGCUGGAUGCAACAGUUUUUAACAAUGUCGAAGUGUUACACUGUGAACGGAAUCAACUGGUAACCCUCAAAAUCAGUGGAUAUUUUCUCAAAGCGCUGUACGCUUCCUCGAAUG